GUCGACCAAGAGGACUUGCUGUGGCUCAACUGGUGCCGCCAAUAUCUCCAAGUCACCACCCUCUCGGAACUCACCACCGCCGACGGGUGUUCCCUGACGGCAGCUUCUCUUGCCGGCCAACCCUCCGAACACUUUGUGACCAGCUACAACUGGCCCCGAACCCGACGCCCUGGCCCCUCUCAUAGGGACCUAUGGCGACGCGUCCUCUCGCAAGCUGUCCUCCGCCCCUACAGCCGCCGUCGCCGAUUGUUGCAGCCCCUCGGACCACUGGAGGAAGACCACCUACACGUCCCCCGCUGCCCUUCUGACCCGGCCAAGACCCAGUGGCAGCUCCUACUCCAAGAACUCCAAGAAUGGUUCCAGUCCACUACCACUGCUACACCCAUCGCCCAAUUCUCGGGGCCCUUCUUGGCACCAUCCGCACCCCUAACAACCAGCCUCAAACAGAGACUCCGUGGUACCGCCUACACGGAAUGUCUUCUUCCGCCCUCACCCAAGUCUGUGAGGCUCAACUCCGCCUUGGCCCCCAAUGCCUCCUCAAAGGCCUUCUCAUCCACGGCUGGGCCGACCUCCAGCAACAAUUCUACCGCUCUUGCGGUAGUCGCCGAUCCGGUAACCUGUGGGCUGCCAAUCUAUCUCGACAGCUCAUCCUUAUCGGUAAAGGCAUGUGGAAGCAUCGCAAUGAUGUCUUUCAUUCUGACGACAACAUCGUCAACCAACAGCGCGCGACUGCUCUUGAUCAACGCAUCCACGAAGAGUUUGACAUGGGUCUUCGCGACCUACCUCGGAACCUUCGCCCUGCCAUCCAAUCGAUCCCGCCUUGUGGAAGUCCUCCGACUCCAACUGGCGGACAAGGAGGAAUGGGUCCUUGUCAUCUCCGAAGCCCGCCGCAAAAUCAGACGAUCUCUUGCAGGCAGGCGACGAUUGAUGUGGGAACUGACCCACCCUACUCCUCGCCCAGCAGCCCCCUGA